CUUAUUGAGUAUAAAUAGGACAACCUAGUAUAUUGUGUAUGCGGUUAUAAUUUGCUGCACUGCGUGUGAGCGCAGUUAUUUUCCUCAAUAAGCACAACGACAUCCUUACUCGAAAUAUUUUCAAGUCGUAAUUUUAAAUUCAAGAGGAAAGACGGAAAUUACAAUGUCACCUACGGAAACACCUAACGUAACAAACGAGAACUCCCCACCCUCCGCCCCUGCGUCGAGAAGCGAUGUGGGGGCGGCUGGUUCGACAAAACCAGACAUUACUCGAAGAUCUGGAGAUCAAAUUGGUAGUCUUGACGAUGAAAUAGAACUAGACGGAACAAUAAACAGUGGAGCAAGAGAUGCGCCUGGUCAAAGUUGUGUUUAUAUCCCAUCUGGGCCUCAUUUUGAUGAAUUUUAUCGACUGUCAACAUAUUCAAAGUUUCCACUGAACGUACCGGUGAAAGUUGGCGAUUUGGCGGCCGCCGGACUGUAUUAUACGGGAUUUAGAGAUAGAGUGAAGUGCUUCAGUUGCGGAAUGUCCGUAGAAAAUUGGAUGUUGGGCGACGAUGGAAUGGACAGAAAAUGGCACAAAUCGGAUUGUGCAAUGGCAAACGGUGGUAAUUAUUUAAAUGUUGCAUUACCGACACCAAAUUUUCGAACUCUAUUGCGAGUAUUUAAAGGCCUUCCAAGUACAUCGUCGGCGACGAUUGGAGGGAGAAAAGACAACUAUGCGGCAGCACCAAAAAGAGGAAACCAAUCGGCAAAUAUGUUACUGUCAAAUUCUUCUGCGGCACCUAUGGAUGUCACUGAAGUUACUUCUAAUAUGGGUCGAGUGAGAUUAAAUGAAACGACGCUACCUCAACUGGAAUUUGCAAAUAUAGUAUCUACGGAACAUCGUGACAUGUUAUUAAGAAUUAAUUUGAAAAAAGAAGUUGACAGAAGAUCAACAUUUACAAAAUGGCCGUCAUAUCCUGCGCCAUAUUUACCAAGCGAGUUAGCAAAGGAAGGAUUUUUCUAUUUGGGAAACUUGGAUCGCACCCAGUGUUUCUCCUGCUCAGGUGUCUUGCGUAAUUGGACACAUACUGACAAUGUAUUUGAACAGCAUAGAAAGCAUUUCCCAGAAUGCAGGAUGGUACGAAAAGUAACUUCUGGAAAUAUUCCAAUGGAAGAAAAUGAAAGAAGGGAAGCUGAUGAAACCGAACGGGCAAGAUUGGCAAAUCUUCUUCCAUCUGGAAGUCCACAAGAACCUCAAGAUCCAUCUCCAGAGGAGCAGCGCCGUCUUGCGGAAUUGUUUCCAUGUCGUGCGCCAGUCAAUCCACAUAUGCGAACCUUGCAAAAUAGAAUUGAAAGUUUUCAACGAAACUGGCCGAACAGAAUUCUCGCCACUCCAAGCCAAAUUGCAAAAGCUGGAUUCUUUUUUCUGGGUGAAAGCGAUAAGACGAAGUGUUUUUAUUGUAAUGGAGGAUUGCAAAAUUGGGAUGCAAAUGAUGAGCCGUGGACUGAGCAUGCAAAGUGGUUUCCAGGGUGCGAGUUUGUUAUCAGACAAAAAGGAACUGAAUUUGUCCGACAAAUUGCCGAUCAACAUCCAAACUUGAACAGACCUCAUAUUCGUAAUCCCGCAUCUUACGAUAUUCCUCCAGAAAUACGACACUCGACUUCUCCUCAACCUAUGGACACUCGAAAUCCAAACUCAAACAGUAGCAACAUCAAGGUUGAUGAGCUUAUCAGUAUGGGGUUUUUGAAAGAAAAAAUUGAGCGCUUAAUUAGAAGAAAAUCAAACCAAGGCGGUUACGCAAACAUUGAAGAAAUCAUACAAGAUUUGCUGCAAGUCGAAGACAGUGAAGAAGCGUCAGCAAGUCCUCAACCAACAUUACCACCACUGGAAGGAGCAGUAAGCGCGCAACCUGUUCCGGCAAAUGCUGGAGUAAAACGCGGAGGUGUCAUGGAAGCAAGCACGCAAGUGAAGAAAAACAGAACCUCUUCCCCGGCGACUUCAAUAAACCCAGAAGAUAUCGAAAUGGCGAGAAGUUUGAGAAUCAUGGAGCAGGAAUCGAUCUGUAAAAUGUGCAAGAAAAACAAAACAGAAAUCCUAUUCAUCCCGUGUGGCCAUUUAUGCGUCUGUGAAGAAUGCGCUACAAAAUUAAAACGAUGCAUUCUAUGCAAAAGUAAAGUUCAAAGCACGUUGAAGGAAUGCAGAGCGUAGCCAUUUUCAAUCCCU